AUGUUUAAUUGGCCAUUGUCCAUUUCUUCUACAACAUUAAAAUCUGUCAAAUCAUUAUCACCAUCAACAUCUUCAUCAUUUAGUCGAACAUUUCUCGAGAAUAUCACCCGUUCUCCAUUCUAUCAUUCAUUUACAUCACUUGACAAAGCAAAAUUAUGGAGCAAAUUUUAUGUGGAUGAUGAAGAAAACGUCCAAAAAGUGUUGGAUGCGGUAUCGGUGGAUCAGAAAGUGAUCACAGAUCCGCAUUCAAAUCGGCGGCGUCGUACGGUUGUUGUUACCCGAAACAAUGACGAACCAUUUGGUUUUACUUUACAGACGUAUUUAUUGAAACGGAAAGGUGAUGAUAUGCCUUCAAAAGUGACUUACAUAGAUUAUGUUCAACUUGAUAGUCCAGCUGCCGAUGCUGGUAUUCGUGCAGGUGAUAUGAUCAUAUCGAUAAAUGGUCAUGUUGUGACAGCUAUGACUCAUGAAGAAUUGGUGAAACUAAUUGGUUCAUAUCAUCAGAUGCGAAUGAUCGUCAUUUUUGAAAAUAUUCGACAGCGUAUCGAUUUGAUUGCCCGAGCAAUUAAAUUGCGAAAAAUUUUGAACGAUAAAUUGUAUCAGUUGAAUUUGAUUGAUAUUGAAGAACAAAAAAUUUUGAAUAGGGCCUAUUUACGUUCAUUAUCACUGAGCAAAUCAUUAGUGAAUUCACUACCGUCAGCCGGAACAUCGCCUGCUUCAUCUGCUGGUUCGAACAUUACCGAAACUGUAAGUGACGCCGAGCGGAGCAUCAUUCAAAUCCCAUCGAUAAUAUCAACUCAUGGAGUAAUCGAAAUUAGCAAAUAUCCGUUAAGGAGACGAAUAAUGGUGCGACCAAAUCUUGCAGAAAUUUCCAAUCCGAAGCAAUCGAUGAAUUUACGUUCGAAUUCCGGAGACUCAAAUGUUACGACUACAGGAAAAGAAUUCGCAGCAGUUCAACGAAUUUGUUGUUACGGGUCUGAUUUAGAACAUGUUGAUCGUAUUAGCUCAUCGUCAUAUGACACAGGACAAACUAUUGAUUCUCUUGGUUGUUUUAAUAAUUCCCGUGAUAAUGAUACUGGUAAUGUUAGUAGCAAUAGUUAUACUAGCACUGAAAAUUUUGAUAGUGAUAGUGAUACUGUUAUCGGUAAUGAUACGGAUAACGAUGAGAUUAAUGUGUUUAAUCCUGUUGCAUUACCGGAUAGUAUGACAACAACAACAACAACAACAACAACAACAACAACAACAACAACAACAGCAACACCAAUUCCGACAUCAGAAUCGGUGUUCAAUUCUAUAGCCUUAAAUCAUGUGAUUAUGUUGGAUUAUGAUGUUAUCAGUGGUGAGGAUGACGAUGAUAAUGAUAAAAUAAGGAUUUUGAAGUUAUAG